AAAUUCGCCCUCGAACUCAAAAGUACAUCUCCAGAGACACUCAUCGUUGUCGCAGUAUCUAACCGAACGCCUUCGUGUCAUCAGAGCCUGCUAUCAGAUAUGGAGCAUGUCGACCUCACCGAGCUCCUUGACCUAGCGGUUGAUAUAAAGUUUCCCAGUACACGUCUCUGGGAGAUAUCUCCUGCUUUCAGAGCAUCAAAGAGCGCGCUUAGAAAGUUCUACCAUGACACUUAUGGCUGCGACAGGCACAGGACCAGACACUCGUACAACGAUCCUGUAGCCUUGUUCUUUAUCUGGGAUUACUGGCAAGACACCCUAAAGAAUCUCAUUUGUAGGAGGCCGUUGUCAAAUAUGCGAUGGGACCCACAGGCCGAGUCGCUCGAGCAUUUGUGGGAUUAUGAGGCGGGAGACGAAUUGCUUAUUGCGAAAGACUAGUCGGCGACCUUUUCUAUUUUCUUAAUGGUAUGCAC